AUGGACGACGCACCACCUCCACCGCCUGAAUUCGAUUCAGCUCCUCCGCCUCCCCCGCCACCAAGCGACCCGAUUCCACCUCCACCACCCAGUUCUGAUCUUCCUCCGCCGCCUCCCCCGCCCGCUGAGGAACUCGAACCAAAUCUUGUGCUACCAAAUAAGCGACGAAAAGUAGACAACAAGCCAAAGACACAGCCUCUGAGUGUAGAAGAGCUCUUGGCGAGGAAGAAGGCGCAAGAUGCCGAAGCAGCGAAGCCCAAGUUUCUGUCCAAAAAGGAGCGCGAACGUUUGGCAAGGGAGAAGGCUGCGAAAGAAGAGGCUACCCUAGCAGGCAAGAAAGCGCCAGACGCCGAUGUGCGUCAGACGCAACCAGCAGCACCUCCCGUCGGUCCAAAGUCGAUGCGAUCACGAGAUGCGCCCAACCGGCACGCUGCAAAGCAGUUGCCGGAUAAGGGCUACGACAUGAAGCCACCUCCGCCGCCCAAAUCGGUCGCCAUCGUCAAUGGAAGCCAUUCAAAGAAGCAGACCGAGACGGAUGUCGAGGCGGAGCUCACACGCCAUCGUUACAUGGGAGCAGAUACAAACACAUCUACCUUUUCCGCCAAGAAGAAGAGAAAACGGACGACGGAGAAGAAGUUUAAUUUCGAAUGGAAUGCGGAGGAGGACACAUCGCCGGACUACAAUCCCUUGUAUCAGACGCGUGCUGAGAAUAAUUUCUUUGGAAGAGGGAAACUGGGAGGGUUCGCGGAGUCCACGAUUGACGAUCUCACCCGGCAUUAUGCUGAAGCUAUCGCGAAACGUGACCCGGUGGCUGGAAAGCAAAGAGCGGCAGAAAUUCUUGAGAUGGAGCGAAGACGCAAGGAGGAGGGAAGUAGAAUGGGCAUCGACAAGCAUUGGAGCGAGAAGAAGCUGGAGAACAUGCGUGAACGAGACUGGCGUAUCUUCAAGGAAGACUUCAAUAUCGCAACCAAGGGUGGUUCGAUACCCAAUCCAAUGCGUAGCUGGGCUGAGUCGGGGCUGCCCAAGCGUAUCCUGGAUAUUGUCGAACAGGUUGGCUAUACCGAUCCGUCUUCGAUUCAACGUGCUGCCAUUCCGAUUGCUCUACAAUCAAGAGAUCUCAUUGGUGUGGCAGUCACGGGUUCGGGAAAGACGGCAGCCUUCCUGUUACCCUUGCUUGUCUAUAUCUCCGAGCUUCCCCAGCUCAACGAAGUCACCAAGAACGAUGGGCCCUACGCAAUUAUUCUGGCUCCCACCCGUGAACUUGCCCAACAGAUCGAGCUUGAGGCAAAAAGAUUUGCCACUCCUCUCGGGUUCAAGUGUGUAUCGCUGGUUGGUGGUCACAGUAUCGAGUCGCAAAGUUACGAUAUGAGAGAUGGCGCCGAAAUCAUCAUUGCAACUCCAGGACGUCUUGUGGACUGUAUCGAACGUCGGGUCCUGGUACUGAGCCAAUGCUGUUACGUCAUCAUGGAUGAAGCAGAUCGAAUGAUUGAUCUUGGGUUCGAGGAGCCUGUCAACAAGAUACUGGAUGCUCUGCCGGUGUCGAAUGAGAAGCCCGAUUCGGACGCUGCCGAGAACGCAGCUGUGAUGUCGCAACAUCUGGGUGGACAAGAACGCUACCGGCAGACUAUGAUGUACACAGCAACUAUGCCGCCUGCGGUGGAGCGCAUUGCACGGAAGUACUUGCGGCGCCCGGCACAAGUCACCAUCGGUAACGUUGGAGAAGCGGUCGACACCGUCGAACAACGAGUCGAGUUUGUACAGGGCGAAGACAAGCGCAAGAAGCGCCUCAACGAAAUCCUCCACUCCAACGAGUUUGGACCACCCAUCAUCGUCUUCGUCAACGUCAAGCGCAACUGCGAUGCCGUCGCUCGCGACAUCCAGAAAAUGGGCUUCAGCAGCGUCACACUCCACGGAUCCAAAACACAGGACCAGCGAGAAGCAGCUCUCGCAGCCUUACGGAGCGGCCAGACCGAAGUCUUGGUCGCCACCGACCUCGCGGGUCGUGGUAUCGAUGUUCCGGACGUCAGUCUCGUCGUCAACUUCAACAUGUCCAUGAACAUCGAAGCCUACACGCACCGCAUCGGACGUACGGGACGCGCGGGCAAGACGGGUGUUGCCGUGACGUUCCUGGGCAACGAGGACUCGGAUGUGCUGUAUGAUCUGAAACAGAUGAUCAGCAAGAGUAGUAUCUCAAAGGUACCCGAGGAGUUGAGAAAGCAUGAGGCUGCGCAGCAGAAAGUGCAGAAGGGGAAGGGUGGGAGGAAUAUUGAGGAUAGUGGGGGUUUUGGAGGCAAGGGUGGUUGGUAG